UCAUUAGUGAAUGCACAAGAUGCGUCAGUAUCGACAGAGGAACCCGAGGCACCUGUGUCCAAUGUGGAACCGAAGGACGAUCCUUAUGAGGGCUCACCGCAUGUGCAAGCCAUUGUAACAUUCGUUAGCCCAUCCCUGGGGCUAUAUUCGGCCAAACGGGAGAUUGAUUUGCCGGCGGGAAAGUAUUCCUCGAUUUUGGCCACCUUGAUAAACACACACGAAGGAAUGAGUCUUCCACGUUUCAGUCUUGAUUUGCUGGAAGGUUCACUUCAUUACCCCGGCUACUUCGACUAUUACAUACAGAACUUCACAAAGAUUCGCUUGCAAAAUACGUUGGAACCUGGACAAGAAGGUUCAUUGUUUUAUAAAUUUCGACCAGCUGUUGAGCUGGUGGGAAGACCGUUUGAUCUGUCUAUUGUGGCCCAUUAUCAUGAUGAGAAUGGUGUGUAUUACGCGCAUCGUCUGUUCAACCAGACAGUCAACCUUUAUGAGGUAGAGGAAGGUGUGGACACUCAAAUGUUGUUUCUCUGUGUUCUUGUCGCCGCCAUAUGCGUCGCAAUUUUGGUUGGCCUAUGGCAUUGGUGUUCCUCCAAAGCCUCCCGCAGGCAUGUGACUCAACAACCGUCAAAACAAGAUGAAUCAAAUGGCACUACCGUCGUUGAAAACGAGUACUUGGCCUUGCUUCAGAAUCCCAAAUUGCCUAAAUCGGGUAAGAGUGGACUAUUUGCAUAUCACGUGUCCUAA